AUGAAGAUCAUGUCAAUGGCACUGUUAGUUGUCAUCUCGACGUUGUUUCUAGUCUCAGAGGCAAAAGCUGCAAGACCAUUAAUAGGUAUGAGUGCUAGGAUUGUGCCUGAUCAUUUCAAUGGUGAUUUAGGUGUCGCACACAAGAGGGUAACUCCUGGAGGACCGAAUCCAGAUCAUAAUUCCCUGCCACAUUUUGGUAGCAAGAGGGUAACUCCUAGAGGACCGAAUCCAGAUCAUAAUUCCUUACCACAUUUCGGUAGCAGGAGGGUAACGCCAGGAGGACCAAAUCCAGAUCAUAAUACUCUGCCACAUUUUGAUACCAAGAGGGUAACUCCUGGAGGACCCAAUCCAGAUCAUAAUUCCCUAUCAUAUUUUGGUAGCAAGAGAGUAACCCCAGGAGGACCAAAUCCAGACCAUAAUUCUUAUUCUCGACCACAUUUUGACAGCAAGAGGGUAACUCCUGGAGGACCGAAUCCAGAUCAUAAUUCCCAGCCACAUUUUGGUAGCAAGAGGGUAACUCCUGGAGGACCGAAUCCAGAUCAUAAUUCCUUACCACAUUUCGGUAGCAAGAGGGUAACGCCAGGAGGACCAAAUCCAGAUCAUAAUACUCUGCCACAUUUUGAUACCAAGAGGGUAACUCCUGGAGGACCCAAUCCAGAUCAUAAUUCCCUAUCAUAUUUUGGUAGCAAAAGAGUAACCCCAGGAGGACCAAAUCCAGACCAUAAUUCUUAUUCUCGAACACAUUUUGGUAUCAAGAGGGUAACUCCUGGAGGACCAAAUCCAGAUCAGAAUUCCCUACCACAUUUCGGAAGCAAAAGGGUUACUUCAAGAGGACAAAAACCAGAUCAGAAUUCUUACUUUCUGCCACUUUUUGGAAACAAACGAGUAACUCCUGGAGGACCAAAUCCAGAUCAUAAUUCUUUUCCAUAUUUUGGUAAGAAGAGGGUAACUCCAUGA